AUGGCCAAGCUCGUCGUCGAGGUCCUCGACGCCGGCGACCUCAUGCCCAAGGACGGGCACGGCAGCGCCAGCCCCUUCGUGGAGGUCGAUUUCGACGGCCAACUCCGCCGCACCUCAACCAAGCCCCGGGAUCUGAACCCUGUCUGGAAGGAGACGCUCGUCUUCGCCGUCGAAGACCCCGGCGGCCUCCCGGGCCGUACCGUCGAGGUUUUUGUCUACAACGACGGCGGGACCGGCCGCCACCGGAACUUUCUCGGCAAGGUCCGAAUCUCCGGCGCGUCGGUGCCCCCCUCCGAGUCCCAGGCCGCCUCCCUCCGGUACCCCCUCGAGAAGCGGGGCCCCUUCUCCCACGUCAGGGGGGAUCUCGCGCUGAGGAUAUUCACCGCGCAAGGGCCCGCCGCGGAGGGGUUUCCCAUCGGUCCGCAGGGGGCGGCGGUGGAGGAAGAUUUCCGGCAGACUGCGGACCCGGGCGAGGUGAAUCGAGGCCACCGCCAUCCGAAUCACCCGAAUAGCGAGCCGAUUAAAGCUCACAAAGCGUCCAAAGAGAAUCUCGGCACUGACAACGGCUUUAAUGGGGAUUUCUCUUUUUUCCACAAGGAGAGCAACCACGGCAAAGAGAAAAAGAAGAAGAAGGAGAAAGAAGUGAGGACCUUCCACUCCCUGGGUACCGGCGGCGGCCCUCCCCCGCCGCCUCCGGAGAAACAGCCCCCCUUCGUGGAACCCCGUGCCGAUUUCGUUAGAUCGGGCGGCGGGCCGCCGCCUUCCGCCACGGUGAUGCAGAUGCAGUUCCCCGGCCCGAAGCCCGAGUACGGCGUGGUCGAGACCCGUCCGCCCCUUGCGGCCCGAACAGGCUACUGGGGCCGUGACAAGACGGCCAGCACCUACGACCUUGUGGAACAAAUGAACUUCCUGUACGUCAACGUCGUCAAGGCCCGUGACCUCCCCGUCAUGGACAUCACCGGCAGCCUCGAUCCUUACGUCGAGGUCCGUGUCGGCAACUACCGCGGCGUCACACGCCACCUCGAAAAAAACCAGAACCCCAUCUGGAAGAGCGUCUUCGCGUUCGCCAACGAGCGCGUCCAGAGCAGUACAAUCGAGGUCACCGUCAAGGACAAGGACCUCAUCACCAAGGACGAUUUCGUCGGCAAGGUCAAUUUCGACAUUCGCGACAUCCCUCAACGCGUCCCUCCCGACAGCCCCCUCGCCCCUCAGUGGUACCGGCUAACUGACAAGCGCGGCCAAAAAUUACUCGAGGGCGAAAUCAUGCUUGCCGUCUGGAUAGGUACACAAGCCGACGAGGCUUUCCCGGAGGCCUGGCACUCAGACGCCCACAACCUAAGCCAGCAGAGCCUCGCCAGCACCCGCUCCAAAGUCUACUUCUCCCCUAAACUCUACUACCUCCGAGUCCACAUCAUCUCUGCCCAAGACCUAAUCCCUUCAGACCGGUCCCGCCCUCCCGAUACCUUCGUCCGAAUCCAAGUCGGCCACCAGGUCCGCACCACCCGACCCUCCUCUCUAAAGCACGCUAAUCCCGAGUGGAACGAAGAGCUCAUGUUCGUAGCCUCCGAGCCGUUUGAUGAAUACGUAGUCGUGAGCGUCGAGGGCAAAGAUGAGGUGAUGGGGAGGAUUUUUAUCCCGGUUAGAGAAGUCCCGCAUCGAGUCGAGCACUCCAAGCUACCCGAGCCCCGCUGGUUCGCCCUCCUCCGACCCUCUGUAGCCGACGAGGAUGAGAAGAAAAAGGAAAUUAAAUUCGCGAGCCGGAUUUUAAUCCGUCUCUGUCUAGACUCGGGUUAUCACGUUCUCGACGAGUCGACACACUUCAGCAGCGAUCUCCAGCCUUCAUCCAAGCACCUCAGAAAACCGAGUAUCGGGCUUCUCGAGCUUGGGAUCUUGAGCGCACGAAACCUUCUCCCGAUGAAAGGACGAGACGGUAAAUUAACCGACGCAUACUGCGUGGCAAAGUACGGGAAUAAGUGGGUUCGCACGAGGACUCUGCUCGACACACUUCACCCGCGCUGGAACGAGCAGUACACGUGGGAGGUUCACGACCCGUGCACAGUCAUCACAGUCGGGGUGUUCGACAACUGCCACGUCAUCGGGAAUGGUGACCCCGCGCAGCGGGACCAGAGGAUCGGGAAAGUUCGCAUCCGCCUCUCGACACUUGAGACCGACCGGAUAUACACACACUCGUACCCGCUGCUCGUGCUCACGCCCUCUGGACUGAAAAAGCACGGGGAGCUCCACCUGGCGCUUCGGUUCACGUGCACGGCAUGGGUUAACAUGGUAGCUCAAUACGGGAAGCCCUUACUCCCGAAAAUGCACUACGUGCAGCCGAUCUCGGUCAGGCACAUCGACUGGCUCAGGCACCAAGCAAUGCAGAUAGUGGCGCUUAAGCUUUCACGAGCCGAGCCACCGCUCAGAAAGGAGAUAGUCGAGUACAUGGUCGACGUGGAUUACCACAUGUUCAGCCUAAGGAGGAGCAAAGCUAAUUUUCACCGUAUAAUGUCUUUGCUUUCUGGGAUAUCGUACGUUUGCAGGUGGUUCGACGGGAUUUGCUACUGGAAGAACCCGUUGACUACUAUUCUUGUGCAUGUUCUCUUCUUGAUACUCGUUUGCUACCCGGAGCUAAUAUUGCCCACCGUUUUUCUCUACCUUUUCGUGAUCGGCAUAUGGAACUACCGUUUCAGGCCAAAGCACCCGCCUCACAUGGAUGCUCGCCUCUCGCAGGCCGAGAACGCUCACCCGGACGAGCUUGAUGAGGAGUUUGACACUUUUCCGACAUCUCGGCCGUCAGAUUUGGUUAGGAUGAGGUAUGAUAGGUUGAGGAGUGUUGCGGGUAGGGUUCAAACGGUGAUUGGCGACUUGGCCACCCAAGGGGAGAGGGCACUAUCGAUAUUGGGCUGGAGGGACCCGCGGGCCACGGCUAUAUUCAUUGUGUUUUCGUUGGUUUGGGCUGUUUUUCUGUACGUGACUCCGUUUCAGGUUGUGGCGGUGCUAGUCGGGCUUUACGUGUUGAGGCAUCCGAGGUUCAGGAUCAAAGAAAAUGAGGAGACUCAAGUGUAA